CAUUUCUUUCUUUCUUUCUAAAGCAGCCGAAUCCUGCGUUUCUUUUCCUUGCAUUCUUGCUCAUCUUCUUCCAAAGCAGACCGAAAAAUCCCCACCAUUAGGCACUGGCCUUCUUUCUCCCUAACUGCUUCAAAGCAAAAAAGCACAACUCAGCGCCAAAAUCCCAUUUCUCCUUCUUUUUCUUCUAUCUGGGCCACGUGAUUACCGUCGACAACCGCCGAGGACUGGCCAGACCACCGCGAUCAUCCUCGUCUUCCCCUUGAAAAUCCAUAAUUGCUGUUAGUUAUCAUGAAACCGUGACGAGCUUGAGGAUCUUGAGGAUUUGUUACUUACCGUGAGAUCGUGGAUCCAUUGCUACCAGAUCUGCAAAGCCACUGGUUCAGGAAUCCCUGCUUCGCAGAAUUGAGCCAUUAUUUUACUUGCAGCUUAUAAUAAUGGGAUUUGUUUACAGGGGUUGGGAUGCAUGCCAGAGAAACUUUAAGCUCUAAGAUGGAAGACAAGGAAGGAGCCGGUAGCAACCAUGUAGUUCUUUCGUACCUAUUGAAGGUUAUCUAUCUUGUAUUUUAUGACUGAGGCUAGUAGCAAUUGCAACAAUCGUUUCUUGUGCUUUAGCUAGUUAGUUUGUUCCUAGGCUUCUAUUCUGUUUUGUUUGGACCAUGUCAUUUUAUGUUCUGCUCUGUUUUCCAUUUAACUUGGUUUGAGGAAUUGCUAUUUGAGUAUUUUGGCUUGUAAGAAUGGAUCUUAAUUUAUGUUACCAUUGCAAUGAUUGUUAUGGCAUAGCGUAUUUGAGAAUAAUGGUUUGUAGGUGGG